UUUUUUAUAAAAUGGCGUCGCUCGUAUAAACUCGCCUUGUUUAUAUUACGUUCUACAGAAGAAUAACUUUAACACGAGGUUAUCUCUUGAUAAGGUAACCCGUUUUUUGUUUUUUUUGUCAACACGUAACGACGUAUUAAAUAUAGCCGCUUCACGUUGUCUCUUUGCUAAGCAGAAGUGUUUCUGGAGGAAACGUAACGCUCUUUUCCGUCGCACUUGUUUAGUUGUGACCACCGCCAGGUCGAGUCAUGGAGGAGCCGAGUCAGAGUAACGAUAAUCAGGGUAACGCGGAGGGCAAUGUGGGCCUGGACGAGCCCAAAAAGAUGACCCGGGAAGACUGGAGGAAGAAGAAGGAGCUGGAGGAGCAGAGAAAGCUGGGAAACGCUCCAGCUGAGGUGGACGAGGAGGGCAAAGACAUAAACCCACACAUCCCCCAGUAUAUUUCCUCAGUGCCGUGGUAUAUCGACCCAUCCAAGAGACCUACACUUAAACAUCAAAGACCACAGUUUGAAAUUCAGGAGGAGUUUUCUGCCAUUGGAGAAUGGUACAAAAGAGGAGUGCAAGAGAACAACGUUACAACUAAAUACCGUAAGGGUGCCUGUGAAAACUGUGGCGCAAUGACGCACAAGAAAAAGGACUGCUUGGAGCGCCCCAGAAAAGUUGGGGCUAAAUUCACGGGCACCCGCAUCGCACCGGAUGAACAUUCUCAGAUCCAACUCCACCUGGACUACGAUGGAAAGCGAGAUCGCUGGAAUGGCUACGACCCUGAGGAACACCAGCGCAUCGUGGAGGAGUACGCCAAAGUAGAUCUGGCCAAAAGGACACUAAAGGCUCAUAAGCUUCAGGAUGAGUUGGCUUCAGGAAAACUGGACCAAUCAGAGCGCGAACAUGACAGCGAGGACGAGGAUGAAGAUAAAUACGCAGAUGACGUCGACAUGCCGGGUCAGAACUUUGACUCCAAGAGAAGAAUCACCGUCAGGAAUUUGCGUAUCAGAGAAGACACAGCUAAAUACUUGAGGAACCUGGAUCCAAACUCUGCCUACUACGAUCCAAAGACGCGAGCAAUGAGAGAGAACCCGUACUCCAGCACAGGCAUGAACCCAGACGAAGUGGGGUAUGCUGGGGACAACUUUGCCCGCUACACUGGAGACACCAUAACCAUGGCUCAGACGCAAAUGUUUGCUUGGGAAGCCUACGAGAGGGGCUCCGAGGCGCAUCUACAGGCCGACCCCACCAAGCUGGAGCUGCUUCAUCGGUCCUUUAAGGUCAAGAAGGAGGACUUUAAAGAGCAACAGAGGGAGAGCAUCCUGGAAAAGUAUGGAGGCCAGGAGCACUUGGACGCGCCCCCCCGAGAGCUGCUGUUGGCUCAGACAGAAGACUACGUGGAGUACUCACGUCACGGCGCUGUGUUGAAAGGUCUCGAGAAAGCCAUCGCUCGCUCCAAGUACGAAGAAGACGUGCUCAUCAACAACCACGCCUGUAUUUGGGGCUCCUACUGGAAGGAUGGCUUCUGGGGGUACAAGUGCUGCCACUCCAUGGUCAAGCAGAGUUACUGCACAGGCGACACUUUGAUUGGAAUUAGCAACACAGAGUGUGUUCCAUUUGAAGACGGUAUGAACCAGCCACUGGAGGAAGAGGAGGAGGAACCCAAGACUCUGCCUCAGAUGCAUCAGGAAAAGAUGAAAGAGAAGAAGAAGAAGAAGAAGAGAAGGAAGAAUAAUAAGAACAAUAAGAACAAGAAGCCAGUCUCUGACAGCAGUGAUUCAGAGGAUGAAGAGAAGAAGAAAGAGAAGCUGAACAAGGCUCUGGAGGCAGAAGACAAGCGUGUGAAGCAUGUGGAAGCAAUGCUGCAGGUGGACGAGAGGAAGAGGCCGUACCACAGCCUGCAGGAAGUGAAGGCCCCCACGGAGGAGGAGAUGGAGGCAUUCCGCAUGAAACGAUGCCGGCCUGAUGAUCCCAUGGCUUCCUUUCUCGGACAAUGACCUCUUCUUUAUCCUCGCUUCCAAACUUUUUUCUUCUACCCUUUUAGAGCUGUUGCUCUGUGGAACGGUGUCCCGAACCCAAUUUAUUCAACUGCAAGAAACACCAAGUGUCUCUUAGUUUGGAGCACAUUUUUGGUGAUUUUUCUGUUGCACCAGGACUAAUAUUGGUGGCUGGGCAGUUCAUUUUCUAUAGAAGACACGUUUUUUUUAAGCAUUGUAGUCAAACCAAACUAGUCAUACGGUAAAGUUCCCAUUUCAGUCAAUAUAUUUGGUAGUAUGAUUGGGAUUAUUCAUUAGUUUCACAGACAUUAUAUUUACAUAUAUCCGAAUUUAAGUUGUACUUCUUCCAUUUCUUUGUCAUAUUUGAAAACAGCUCGUCUUUUCCACUUCUUCUCUUGAUGCUCUG